AUGUCCAGCAACACUGAAAAGAUGCACAACCACUGCAGAGCUAGAUCCAAUACCAACAUUAAGAUGUUAGAAAUAACAGUGAAAACUCUAGAUGGAAGAAAUCGAACCUUCACAGUGAAUAAUGAUAUUACUGUUAGGCAAUUUAAAGAAGAAAUUGCAACUUCUAUUGAAAUUGAAGCAAAUGUACAAAGGUUAAUUUUUCAAGGAAGAGUUUUAGCAGAUGAAAAAAAAAUUAACGAUUAUGAUGUAAAUGGCAAGACCAUUCACGUAGUUUUGAGGCCUCCACCACAAGCCAGACCGCCUCCAGCAACUACAUCUACCGAGGAACCAAGAAAUGCAAGAACUGUUGAUUUUGCUUUUCAUAGCGCUCAUCAUGCCGUACCUUCUGUUGAUCUGCACCUGCACAUGGGCUCUCCCGAUGCAAGUGUACAGAGUGAAGCACAAAAUCGAAUUGAUCAGGCCAAAAAAAUGUUAAAGUCAGCUAAAGAAACUCUUGAUAAAAUAGAUAAUCCCAGUGCUGAGAUGGUUGACAACACAGUCGUAAGUACAGUGGUAAGAGAAGAAACAAGCUCGAGUAGAACUACUACCACAAGAACCGUAACCACUACAAACAUGGAGACAGGACAAACAACUAAUGAGACAUCAACAACAACAACAUCAACUGGUGUACAUCACUCGGAACAGAAUCAACAACCGAAUCCUCCUGAGGAUCCUCCAAUUACUUCUCUGGCGGAUUUCUUUGAUGAUGUGCUGCUGUUCAAUGACACCUUGAAUCUACGCAUUGGAAGAUUUAGGGAUAUUCUAAGACAGGAUAAUGGACUUGUUGAUUUGUCCCCAGCAGAAGCAGCUAGAAUGAAACGAACAUGUGAGCUGACAUCGGAAGCAAUUCAUUACAUGAGUCAUGUCUACCACAACAUCAGUGACUUGUCUGUUGAUAUGGAACAGGGAGCACCUCGAAGAUUGCAUGCUCCGGUACCUCCUCCGAGGCAGGCCACUGCUGUCAUUCAGCAAACUAUACCUGUCCAAGCACAAUUUAGUCUCUCUCCAAUUAUGAGGGAAUCAGAAACGUCGCCUGCUAUGUCAAUGACGACAUCCACCACAACAACUACUACAACUACACUUGCAGGACUAAUUGUGCAGAUUGGGACGCAUUUUAUUUUUAAUUACUUCAAUAUUUUACUCUUUAAGAUCUUCCCACCUGGCAUCCCUCAAAUUCACUUUGCUAUGUCGUCAAAUGAUGGCGGUUCUAUGGCAAGAAGUCAAGCUAUGGGGAAUCCCAUUCCCGGGGGCCACAUGUUCGGUAUUCCCAUACAACCUGGUCAAAUGUUUCCAAUGAUGAAUGGCGGAUUAAUGAAUUUUUCUAGUCAGACACCUGGGACUACCACAUCAUCCAGCACUGCCACAACAACUCAUCAAUCAAGUGGACCUACAUCACCAAGAAGAAAUGUUGAUAACCCUACACUGAUAUCUUUGCCGGCAAAUUUUCCUCAGCUGGACUUCAAUGGCGAUCAUCCUCCAUUUUUGAAUGAGAAUUUUCUUCAAAACAUCAUACAGGUAGCUACGAAUGCAAUGCAGGAUGCCUCUCCCAACGCAGGCCACCAAGCAAGUGCUGAGUGGAAGGCCAAAAAAGUCCUCAUCAAGGACAAGGGCACUUAUUAUUUGAGAGGCUUGUGA